AAACGGGAUUAACUUUCGGCAAAGCUCGUCACUUGUGAACCAAAAAUAUAAAUAGGGGGUCCUGUUUAGCCAAUUCUUAAGUAGGAGUAAUUGUUUUACAUGUUUAAACCAGAGAUAAAUUUUCAAGUUCCUCUGGUUCCCAUUGUUGGGGAUGAUUUCUGCUUCCCUUACCUUGUGAACCUAAAUGUGAAGAAGAAAAUUCUUGGAAUUUCACAUAUAAAUAUCGAUGUAUUGGAUGAUAUUGGGAUUUCUCUUCUUCAAGGUAAUGGAAAAGUUUGGCAUCUCAGAAAGAAGAAAAGGAUCAUUUGUGAUCCAGCUGGUUUACCCAUCCUUACUCUGCGCGAAAAGUCACUUUCAUGGCAUAAUACUUGGAAAGUUUAUCGUGCCGGGAGUUCAGAUAGGAAUGAUCUGCUCUACACAGUUAAAAGAUCAAGCCCAAUUCAAAUGAAAAUGCAACUUGAUGUGUUCUUGGCCAGCAAUGUAAGUGGAGAGAUGUGUGAUUUCCAUGUAAAGGGAGCUUACACCAAUCAGUCUUUCGAAGUUUACAAAGGGGACACUUUAAUUGCUGAGGUUAAAGAAAGAUUCAAACUUGGAAGCUUCUUCAAAGGAAGAGAAAAUUUUGAACUAAGAGUAUAUCCUGGUAUUGAUUAUGCUUUUAUUGUCUCAAUAUUAAUAAUAUAUAAUGAAAUAUACGGGGAAUCAUAGGAGUUUAUGUCCCUAGCUAGACUCAGCAAUCAUAUAAUGCUCCCUUUCUCUUAAUGUACAUAUGUGUCAAAAAGACCCACUAGAAUUUAGCCUUUUUUUAUGUCUAUAAAUAUAUACAUCAGUUUGAUUGACGUGAAA